CAACUCCUUUUAACCCAUGCAUUUUUCUACAUGUUGCAAAAUCAUUUCAGAUUUCUUUAAUUACUCUGAAUAUAAAGAACGUUUAAAUAUGAACGUGCUCUCCUCCGCCAUUUCCUCUCCCAUCUGCUCUUUCCAUUUGCCUAGAACAGCAACAUAACAGUUUCCUUACAAAUAAUCCCACUCUGAGGAGAUUAAUGGCAAUCAUUGCUAUUCCUGUGUCACGUUAUUGCGGCUGCUCCCCCUGCUGGCCAGCCUUGCACAUUACAGUCCCAGAUGACUGUGAGAGACAGAAGUAAGAUGCUGCUGCUGCCGCCUCCAGUGCUCAGUGAGUAGUCGCUAUGUGAGUCGGGGGAAUUCACUGCUAACAUGACGCCUGUUUUCCCGGGGCUGUGGAGGAAGAUUCCAGCUGCUGCCAGUUACCAGAUCAGAUGUCUAACGGGAAAUCUUCGUUUAAGCUCGGCGGUGUUUUACAGCACACAGUCACCCUCUAGUGAUGUAACUGUUAACUAUAGCAAUGGACUCCCUGUGAUAACCCUUCCACUCCCCUCUCGAAAUGAGCGCUGCCAGUUCACUAUCAAACCCUCAACUACUACAGUGGGGACAUUCUUAGCAGACAUUAAAAAGGAAGACAGAGGCAUUGAUGUGGUUGCUGCUCUAUCCACAGAUCAUACCAAGUUUUCUAACUCCACAUCAAUGGAUGUUUUGCUAAUGAAUGACUUUAAACUCAUCAUUAACACCUGCAUGUACCACGUCCAGCCACCCUCCAGAGAUAAACCUUUUUCACCAGAUUCUAGUGAAAUGGACACCAUUAAAACUCUGGUUCAUAGUCUGUAUAGAGCUCUGCACCAGGAAGAACAUCAGCUUAAGAAGGAGCAGGAGUUACUAAAGAGGCGUGAUAGUCUUAAGGAGCAACUUCAGCCAAUGGAGCAGAUGAAGUCUAUGAUAUUGACCAGAUCAGAUGCCAAGACCACGAGGCUCAUGUGGAAUGGACUGGCACUCAUGUCUACUCAAGGUGGAGCCCUGGCUUGGCUCACAUGGUGGGUCUACUCUUGGGAUAUCAUGGAACCAGUUACUUACUUCAUUACCUAUGGAAGUGCCAUAGCCUUCUACGCAUACUUUGUUUUAACCAAACAGGAUUAUGUUUACCCAGCUAUUAGAGAGCGCCAGCUGCUGAACUACUUCUACAAGAGAGCCGAGACACAGCGGUUUGAUGUGAAUGAGUACAACAGGUUACGGGAUGAGUUUGCAGAGGUAAAACCAUGUGAUGAUAUUAUUGUGUUCAGUUGCAAAGUGCUGGUAUUUGAAGAAAUCCAAAACAAAAUGAUGGCUUUGAUGCAUGCCAAGUAAAUAUAAACUGGUGAAAUGGCUAUGUUACAUGAGGUCAAAGGAACAAUUAGAAAUCAUGGGGCCCAUUCAACUUAGUU